GUCAAGUUGAGCUAGAUGUAGCGACACAAGCGCCAGUAGACAAGAGAUACUGGCAGAGGAACGAACAAUAAGGACAUCAAUGGAAUACAAAUAGCUGAUUUCCUUCAGUUUGUAACGUCGCUUUAUUAACUGUAUUUAAAGGCUGAACUGUCGCUGAGCGUCUGUUCAGUGUUUUGAGUGUUUAAACGGGCAAACGUUACGGUGCAGAAGAGGAGGUCUGUAUGUAGCUAUGUAACCUAGGUUAGCUGAAGCUGCAGAAGAAGCUGUGCGGAUGGAUGUUAAUCAGGAGAAGGAACAUCGCGCAUCAUCAUCAUCAUUGUCCCAGAUACACUGCUGUGCGGGGAUGGUCCAGGAUUUUGACAGCAAACGACGGAAAGACUUGAUAUUGUGAAAAGACAGAGCUGACGAGCUGUUACUGAGUCUGUUAUCCUACAGGAGAAACGAGAACUUGAGCCAUUUCGCUGUUUUUGUCGUUUCAUAUCAGACUUUAGCAAAUUUAUAUUGACUUAAUUAAGCUAGGGUUAGCUAGCUUUCAAAGCUGUUUUUUUUGGACUGUUUCUGUUGCACAGUCCUAACUAGUUAGCAUGGGCUGCACACAAGCUGUGCACCUCACCGUUACCGUUACACAGCAGAGCCAGAGGGGUAACGUUAAUCUAGCUAAUAGGUUACCUGCUUUGUCCUGCGUUACUGUGGAUUGACAUCAUGUAGCUGGUUAGCUGGCUAGCUUCCUCAGCCUGGGACCUGAAUUUGAUAACCCGUUUAAGCUAAAUAGUUAGUUAGCUAGCUAGAUACACGGCAAGGCAAACUAGGUCGGAUAAUGACCGCAAACCUAGUUAACCCGAGGUCAGGAAACUAGCUAGGUUAACUGUUAGCGUUAGCUAGCUUAGUUUAGGGCUCUGAGCAGCCCGACCUCGGUUACCUAGUUACGGACUGCUGCUGCUGCAGUGGGCUAGCAACCCUAAAUAGCUAGCUAGAUUUAGCUGACGUUACUCCCAUAACGUUAGCUGACAGUAAUAACAGGAUAGCAAGCAAGGUUAACCCAGCUCCAAAAUAUGUCAUUUUAGACCUAGCAAGCUAACGCUAACUAGGUUAGGUUAACCGAACCUAUGGGGUUCUGUUGUCAAUGACGCUUCUGUAGGUAGCCUUAGCUAGCUUAGCUGUUUUGUUUAUUUAAAACUAUUAGACAGGGAGUCUUCAGGCAGGCUUUAGCUAGCUUUUAUUCGUAGUGGUAGUAUUGGGGAUAAGCAGGUGCUUUAGCACACGAGAUUCGCUAUAGAAUUGAAACUGCCCCAUCCACCAGACAGCCAGCUAGUCAGCCCAUCAUCAAGAAUUUGCCCUUCUCAAUCCCUGAGCACGCUCAGACAGACAGCUAUGGAGACCGUGGGAGACUUUGAGUACAGCCGAAAAGACCUUGUUGGACAUGGAGCCUUCGCAGUUGUUUUCAAGGGAAGACACAAAAAGAAAACAGAUUGGGAUGUUGCAAUCAAGAGCAUUAACAAGAAGAACCUCUCCAAGUCCCAGAUUCUGCUUGGGAAGGAAAUCAAAAUUUUGAAGGAACUCCAGCAUGAGAACAUUGUAGCACUCUACGAUGUCCAGGAAACGCCUAAUUUUGUGUUCCUGGUAAUGGAGUAUUGCAAUGGUGGAGAUCUGGCAGACUAUUUACAAGCAAAGGGCACCCUACGAGAGGACACCCUUAGGGUCUUUCUGCAGCAAAUAGCAGCAGCCAUGCGCAUCCUGAACAGCAAGGGAAUCAUCCACCGAGACCUCAAACCCCAGAACAUCCUCCUUUCCUACACCGGCCGCAAGAAAUCCAGCAUCAAUGGCAUUCGCAUUAAAAUUGCUGACUUUGGCUUUGCACGAUAUCUUCAGAGUAACAUGAUGGCAGCCACGCUGUGUGGAUCGCCUAUGUACAUGGCUCCAGAAGUGAUAAUGUCCCAGAACUACGAUGCCAAAGCGGACCUGUGGAGCAUUGGGACUGUUAUUUAUCAGUGUCUCGUGGGGAAACCUCCCUUCCAGGCCAACAGCCCACAAGACCUAAGGAUGUUCUAUGAGAAAAACAAGACUCUGGUGCCAAACAUCCCGAGGGAGACAUCUCCUCAGCUUACAGAUCUGCUGCUGGGUCUGCUGCAGAGGAAUCAGAAAGACCGAAUGGAUUUUGACACAUUCUUCAGCCAUCCCUUCUUGGAGCAACCAUCGGCCAUUAAAAAAUCAUGCCCUGUGCCAGUUCCUGCAUGCCCUGGCUUAGUCUCGGACAGCACCUGUGGCAGCUCACCGUCCUGCCGUUAUGUGUCUCCUCCGUCAUUGCCAGACAUGCAGACUUUGCCUGAAGACGUGCUCUCCUCGCCCCCUCUUGGCCCCCCCAACUACCUACAGUUGUCCAAGGAGUCUGGCGGCAGCACCAGCAGCAAAAAUUCCUCUUGUGACACAGAUGAUUUUGUUCUGGUGCCACACCUUUCAGGAGAGCAGUCCUAUGAUCUGCCGAUGGGUGCCACUGGCCGCAGGCCGUCCAGCGAGUUUCUGCUGUGUGGAGGGCAGCCGCAGCCCUCCACGGGCCAGACUCCAAUGGUGUCCCCUCGGGCCGAGACGACCCCCAUCCCUGUGCCCACGCAGGUGCGAAACUACCAGCGCAUCAAGCAGAACCUCUCCAGCAGCCCCACAACCACGCUCUACGGCUCUCCCAGGUCAGGAACAGUUCGUCGGUCCAACACCAGCCCCAUGGGCUUCCCUAAAGCCGCCUCUGGUUCUCCCAGUCCGGCUGAUGCGGUCCAGACUGUGGGCAGAAGGCUCUCCACUGGCAGCUCCCGCCCAUACUCACCUUCCCCGCUGGUGGGCACUAUUCCUGAACAGCUGGGCCACUGCUGCUGUGGACAUCCCCACAGCCAUGAGGCACGCAGCCGCAGCUCCUCUGGUGGUUCCCCCGUGCCCCCCUCUCAGUUGCUUGGAGCACGACUCCAGAGUGCACCCACUUUAACAGACAUGUACCAGAACAAGCAGAAACUGCACAAGCAGCUCUCCGACCCGGUGCAGCCCACCACCCUAGCCUACCCUCCCACCCACUCGCCACAGCUGGGACGUCCUGGAAACCUAGGCACCUCCCCAACAAAGCACCUGGGUUCGUCUCCUCGCACCUCGGAUUGGCUACAGAAGUCUCCUCUGCCUACCAUUAUUGGGUCGCCCACCAAAACAACAGCUCCCUUCAAGAUCCCUAAAACCCAGGCCUCUUGCAAUCUAAUGGCGUUGGCCUCUCAACAAGGAAUAGCAGACAGUCCUACUCCUAGCAAGACGCUGAUGGAUGCCCGUGACAUUUGUGCUCAUCACUGCUCUCCAUAUCCCAUUGGUCGCCACUCGACUCCUGAGGGCAGCAAAACUACCUUUGGAAGGUCUGUGAGUACAGGGCGUUUAUCAGAGCAGCCUGUGAGAAUCACUCUGGGAGGGCAACCGUAUCAAGGGAGCACAGACAGUUUAAACACAGAGAGACCUAUGGACACAGCCCCUGCAGGGUCGUGUGGUUUGGGAGUGGGUGGAGCAAGUCCCCGAACUGUGGUGUUUACAGUGGGCUCACCGCCCAGCAGCAGCACCCCUCCCACCUGCAGCCAUCUGGCCACUCGUCCACGCACCACUUCAGUAGGCUCCAACAGUUCAGGUGGCUCACUCUGUUCCACCAGUGGGAAGGUGUGUAUGGGCUCACCUCCAGGUAUGGCCAUUGGAAGCUCCCCUCCCGGAGCAGAGGCAGCGCCUAGCAGCCUGCGCUAUGUCCCCUACGGCACGUCCCCACCCAGCCUGGAUGGCUUCAUCACCUUUGAGGCUCCUGAGCUUCCUGAGGAGACGCUGAUGGAGCGAGAGCACACAGACACACUGAUGCAUCUGCGGAUGAUGCUGUCCUUCACUGACUGUGUGCUGGAGAUGGCUGCUGUGAGAGCAGGAGGUGCUGACCUGGGUGUUUCUGCAGCGUCACUCUACCCUCCUCAGGAAAGUGUGGUAGUGGACCAGAUCAGCCAGCUUAGCAAGGAAUGGGGGCAGGUAGAGCAGCUGGUGUUGUACAUGAAGGCUGCUCAGUUGCUGGCUUCUUCUCUGCACCUGGCCAAGGCCCAGAUCAAGUCUGCCAAGCUCAACCCUUCCUCUGCUGUCAAACAAGUGGUUAAAAGCCUGAAUGAGCGCUACAAGAGCUGCAUCUCUCUGUGCCGACGCCUCACAGACAAACUCAACCACUUCUUCUCGGACAAGCAGCGUUUCGUGGAUGAAAUCAACAGUGUAACGGCCGAAAAACUCAUAUACAACCAUGCAGUAGAGAUGGUGCAGUCAGCAGCGCUGGAUGAGAUGUUCCAGCAGACUGAGGACAUUGCAUAUCGCUAUAGCAAAGCUGCCAUGCUGUUGGAGGGUCUUAGCAAGAUUCUGCAGGAUCCAGCAGACAUAGAAAAUGUCACAAAGUAUAAGGCGAGUGUGGACCGGCGGAUCUCUGCAUUGUGUUACUGCACCGUCACACUGUACGAGUAGCAGCUUCACGCCACCCAAGACCCACGACCUGCUGUCCCCAGGGACCACCUUCCUCUCAAGUCACUCAAAGCAGAGGACCUCCUUAAUCCCUCUUCUCCAGUUCCGUAGCAGUCAAAGCACUUUCCAUUUUGAAUUAUUCCUUUGUUUUCAUGGACCUGCCUGAAACAACAGAUCAAGUAUUAAUAUUGUAUUUUAUUUUAUUUUAUUUUCAUAAAUGGACAAAAGUGAGAGGGACAUGUGCACAAAUUCACUACCAAAGAUGAAAUGUAUCAAUAGAGAUUUUAUUGUAAAGAAGCUGUUUUGGACUGCGGGAGUGAGUGACUGUCUCCUGUAGGUUUCUGCAGUUUCCUUCAGCUCACCGCACAACAUGACGUGGGGCAACUCUGAACAUCUGAGGACUUUUAGCUCUUUUUUUUUUCUCCCUCCUCUUUUUACACUGAGAGUUGGGCUCAGUUCAGGACCCGUGAAAAGACUGAGCGGACAUUAUGAUGCAAAUCAAAGUUUCUUUGAUUUUUUAUUUUGUAUUAUAUUGUGUGAUGCUGUUGCAGUUAUUUAUUGGUUUUAGGAUGAUAUAUCAUUGUGUUGUAAUGUUAUGUUAGGAUGUCUUGAUGAAUGAGGGCUUGAGAGAUAGACAGACCCAUGACAGACUGUAAUUAUUGUAAUAAUAAAGACACAUACACAUACACACACAUAUAUAUAUAUAUAUAUAUAUAUAUAUAUAUAUAUACAUAUACACAUACAUAAGACAACUACACGUAACACACUCGCACAUGUUCACCUCUGGCAAGUUGUCUUUCGCACGGUAGCCUGAGAUUUAUAAUGUAAGCAGUUUUUUUUUGUUGUUGUUGUUUUUUUUAAUCAAAUGCACUUUAUCGACGCAGACGUGAAUAGGACUCUGUCCUGGAAAGCAGAGGAGUGGGAAGCCCACACCAGGAGAUUCAGAGAAAGGACAAAAAGCGAGAGACAGCACUGAAACAGCAGCACUGAGGACUAAUGAGGACGAAAGCUUCUCUUGUGCGGGGAGAUGAAGAGCCUUCCCAGCUCUCUCUGUGAUCAGGGUCAUUUACAGGCUGAGCACACAGCCCCAAGGUUCAUCAACAAUAACGGUCAAAAUACUUGAGUAGUUACUUACUUACCUUUUCGUUUGAAUCAGCGAUACUGAAACAAGCUUUUUUUAUGUUCAUAUUAAUACUGUAGCUUUUUUUUAACAGAUGUUUGCAUUGUGUAAAUAUUUAAAUAUUUGUAUGUAUGUGCAUGUGUGAUGUCCUUUUUUUAUUUUUCCCUCUUCCUGGUUGAAUGCAUUGGAGUGAGGUGUGUGAGAGGUGGCAGCGGCCGCUGGCAUGGGACGCUCCACCAAUCAACCCAAGAGCACAACUCUUGUCUUUUUAUCCUUUUUUUUUUUUUUUUUUAACAGAAAUUGAGCAGUUUGAUACUUGCCCACAACUGCCAUAAAUCUCCGUUCACACUCUCUUUACGAGGCCCUCCAGGAAAACAAGAAACCUCACGUUUGUCUUUGCAUGGCAGCUCUGAAGUGAACACCUGCGCUCUGUAACGUCCGUCUGUGUGUCUGUUCACAGGGUGCAGGAUAAGGAUAUGUGGUAUUGUGACUCACUGCUACUGCUGACAGGUGUCCACAAUCUCUAAAAUGAAAGGUUUUACUAACGUUUUUUGAGUGAUGCUGUAGAAGAACCAUGUUAAAAAAGGUGUAUGAGUGAAGAACCCUCUAAGUGCCUGUUUACACUUGGUGUUAAAGUUUUUGCAUGGCUCACAUGGAAAGAAACCAUCAAGACACAUUGUAAUUGGAUUAUGACUGGAACACUAAAACCAUCAUCUUCAGUGGUCAGAGACAGAUCUUAUCUACAUUUAAUACAAGUGUACCAUAAACAGAAUGUGUUUUCUCUUAUCGGAUUUUGUAUGCAUUUUAAUAAAAGUGUAAACCAACAGUAAAAGUGUCAAACAACAGGCCCUAAAGGGUUAAAGAAGACUGGAAGUCUAAAGUGUAAAGGUUCUUCACACGCCAGAUCCUUUACAAAUAUGGUUCUUUUUGGAACCAAAAUGAUUCUUCUCUCGCAUCCCACAAAUAACACUUUUGUAGAACCUUUAUUUUGAAGUGUGGACCUGUAUCAGCUGUUUUUUUCCCCUGGCUGUCUGCUGUGCGCACUGCAGUCGACAGCAGAACUGUGCUGAAGGCCACUUUCAGCACACUGAAUGACUGACUGAAAUCACAACAACUGAUGGCUGCUCUCAUCUGUAAACGUUAUUAGGUUGCCCAUGUUCUUUUCCAGCAAAAGAAAAAAGUUUUGUGCUUUAUUCUAUUGUAUCCCUUCUUCCCCGACCCGAGCCUCCGAGCCUUCACCUUCACAGAGCCUUUAUUGUACAGAACAAAAAAAAAAACUGAAUCGAUGAGUCUUUUGCUCUUUUUAUAUCAUUCUGCCAAUUCAUGCAUAUCCCCCUAGUCUGUAGCUGACACUCCCCGUCCGGCUCAGAGAACUGUGUACAGAGGAUGAUGAUCUAUUCGAGUUAAGUGACUGGUACUGAGCAUAGGUCCUACCUGUGGAAUUGUAGAAUGUAUCUGCCCUGUCUUUAGCACCUUUCCUGUUUUAAAUGAACACCCAGCCCAUCCGAUACAAAACAGCCAGUGCAACAGAAGUUGAAAUCUCCUGAUCUUUUGUUUUUGUUUGUUUGUUUUUUCAAUGAGAAAAUGUGUUAAUUAUUUAAAUGAAGAGCAAUUCUUCAUUUUUUUCUGGAACUCUAGAACUUCAGCCUUUGUUUAUUAAACAGAUUUGUUUGAGA